GACGCGCGCGCGCGUGUGUGUGUGUGUAUAUGCAUGCAUCCGCGUGAGCGCGCGACUGCGCGUGCUCGGACGGCUAAUGGAGGUUCUUCUCGGCCGCUUCGCAAUCACUUCUGACUGAAAUGGUCUGAACGCAGCUCAGCCGCAGGGAUGGUGCUGUGUGCUCUCACCCUGUUGGACGGAGUAAGCGAUGAGGUGACGGUGGCUGGUGGAGUGGUGCUGCUCAGCCUGGCUUUGGUGCUGGCCUGGCUAUCCACACAUGUUGUGGAGCGUGGAGACCAUAUCCUGGGCACCAUCCUUACGGUUGGCGCCCACGCCUCGCUGAUCGGCCUGGGUGGUCACGAUGCCUAUAUCGGUGGGCCCCCUGGUGCAGACACGACUGAACCGCAGGCACCCGACCCCGUCCAGGAGGACAAACCGGAGGACGAAGACCUGGGGCAGGAGGGUGGAGUGGAGGCAGCUGGGGAGGGCGCCGCCCUAGAGGCAAGCGUCGACCAGCUGCUGAACAUUCAAGGGCUGCGCAAGAGAGCGGGUGCCAUCAGCGGUGAUCCUGCCCUGCAGCCUGAAGGAGAGGAGGAUGUCGAAGAGUGGGAAGAGGAUUCCUCUGUGGGCAGGAUCUCUGGCCCUGACAUCACUGUCCGUCUCAAGUUCCUCAAUGACACAGAGGAGCUGGCCGUGCUCAAACCCCAGGACACUAUCAGCCUGCUCAAAAGUAAGUACUUCUCGGGCCAGGAGCAGCAGAUCAAGCUAAUCUUCCAGGGUCAACUUCUGCAGGACCCUAAGCGAACACUGCUGUCUCUCAACAUCACCCACAAUAGCGUCAUCCACUGCCAUAUUUCCCAGGCCCAGCAGGAGAGUGGGUCAGAGGGUGGGGCUCGUACGGGGGUGGAGCCUGUGGGGCCAGGUGUCAGCCAGAGGGCCGGAGGCAUGGGCCUGGCCCUUAGCACAGGUAGCCUGGUGGUACCUGUCUUUGUAGUGAUGCUGGCCGUCGUCUGGUAUUUCCGCAUCAACUACCGGCAGUUCUUCACGGCCCCGGCGACAGUCUCUCUGGUGGGCGUCACCAUCUUCUUCAGUUUCCUCAUCUUCGGCAUGUACAGUCGGUGAGAUGUGACGAGAGCCCUGCAAGCCAAUGGUCCUGGUGAGGUUUUUGGGGCUUGAAGAAUGAAAAUGUGGCAGACCACUCUGUUCUGUGGCGAAAGGCUUUAGGCAAGAUUGAGACACAUGAACAUGUAGCUGCAGCCGCUUCUGAAUUAAUUUGCACAUGCAUGUCUAAGCUGGUGUCUUUGUUGGAGGUAAUAGCUUGUUGGAGGGGUCGGGUGACAUCUGUAUGAAACGUUUUGGUUUUUCUGUAGAAGGAAAAGGUCAAACAGAGCGGAAGCUGUCACAUGGCAAGUAGGUCCUCAGCAUCUGACCUUUGGUUUGGUUCGAUUUCCAUCCCUGGAUGAGUCACGGCAGACCUCUCUGCCUGUGGAUCUCUAGGGUCCCACCUUCAGCCGAUCCAUAGUUCAAAGCAGAAGCUAGAAGAGAGUCCUCUCCCCCAGACAUUAUGUUAACAAAGCUGUAGGGUGGUUCCAGGCUCGUUUUGACCUCAAAAUGCGGUACCUCCUAAGUGGUAGCAAGUGGUAGUCCUACACAUUGGGGCACAAUCAUCCUUUUAGGCUGUGAGCCGCCUCAGAAGCAGAGGAAGAUGGAUGGGGACAUGUGGCAUAAACACCCGAUUAAUGUCGAGAACCGGGGCAGGGGGGUAUUCUGGAGUUAAGCUCCAGGCCGCUGCCAACCUUGUUAGUGUCGUCAGAAACCUGGGUAUAGCCACAUAGCAACAGCCCAUAAUACAUCACCCGUCACCCACGUAACCAGCCCUGCGGACUCCGCGUAAUGGUUGGCAAUGAGUGUUUCAGUCAAACUCAAUAUUUGAGGAUGAAGAUGACAUCACUGGCUGUGCAGGGAUGCAUCCUACUGCCAUCACCAUCCCAAAUGGCCCAAUCACCCCUCUGCAUUCUGCUACAUCAACACGCCCCAUAGAUCCCAUCUCACACCCAAACGUCUGACUUCUAGGUGGAAGACAAAUUAUCUGACGCUCCUUGGUUUUUGUAAUAUUAAAGGUGUAACAUUUCUGCUUUGCCACGUCCUUACAGCCUACACAACGUUCAUUUUCAAUUUAAUUAUUGUAUUAUGAAAGAGCUGUUUUUUGCUUGAGUUUUCAGUAAUGAAAAAUAGUGUGUCUAAAGUAAUUCUUUGGGAGUGUAAUGAAGUAACCGUUUAAGGAAAAGUACAUAAAUAAAUUAACUUACUGUAUGUCAGAUCGGAUACUACAUUUGGCACUUCUGGAUUGCUGGGGGGGACCGACUCCACCAUUUGUAAAGGUCCUGACAGGCAUUUUAAGUGAUAUUUGUGCUAAUGUCACUAAUGUGCUUAUCAGUGUGGCAGAAAUUAAAGUGUUUCACACCCA